AUGAGCUCCAUCGUUUUUGUGGUUUCAGCUCUGGAAGCUAUACAUAAUUCAAAAGAGGCUCAGAAAAGAAAGGGAUUAGGGGAAUCGGUUGAGAAGGCUUUGAAGGAUAUUAAAGAACAUGCACCUCAAUUACCUGAUCCCGAAAUCAUCUUCAAUCCAUUACAACAAGCUACACGAUCCGGAAGUAUCCCAUUAACCACGACUGCGUUGGAUUGUAUCGGGAAGCUUAUUAGCUAUUCUUACUUUUCAGUCCCUUCAUCGCCAAACGCAGAUAGAGAGGCCGACCGUGCGCCAUUGAUCGAACGAGCGAUAGAUACAAUAUGCGAUUGCUUUCAGGGAGAAAAUACACCGGUCGAAAUUCAACUGCAGAUUGUGAAAUCAUUAUUGGCAGCGGUUCUGAAUGAUAAAAUUGUGGUUCAUGGUGCAGGAUUAUUGAAGGCAGUGCGACAGGUCUACAAUGUUUUCCUACUUUCAAAGAGUAGUCCGAAUCAGCAGGUUGCGCAGGGGACAUUGACGCAGAUGGUUGGAACAGUGUUCGAGAGAGUGAAGACAAGGAUACAUAUGAAGGAAGCCAGAUUAGACCUAUCGAAAUUGAGUAAAGACGCCGAAAACACAAGCGGCUUCACGGUUGAUGUCCCGGAGUCAAUAAAUGACGUGCCUAGGAGCAGCGUGGGAGAAGAGGCAGCGGAUGGAUCGGCAACGGCAGAAGAAACCUCUAAUGGAGAUGCGCCAAAACUCACACUCAAAGAUCUCGAGCACCGAAAGAGUUUCGAUGACUCGCAGAUGGGGGAAGGGCCAACUAUGGUGACCCAAGUCAAGCCUUCGAAAGCGUCGCCUCGAUCAGUAUCAGAGCAAACAGCUCCGGACAGUGGAACUGAUGAUAGUCUGGAAUCCGAGGAUAUGGAAGAUGAGGUCUAUAUCAGGGAUGCCUAUUUGGUCUUUAGGUCGUUUUGCAAUCUCAGCACCAAAGUUCUUCCACCGGAUCAAUUGUACGAUGUAAAGGGACAAGCCAUGCGCUCAAAGUUAAUUUCUCUUCACCUCAUUCACAUGUUACUCAAUAAUAAUAUGCUCGUCUUCACUUCUCCAUUGUGUACGAUUACCAACAGCAAAAGCAACGAGCCUACUGGCUUCUUACAAGCCAUCAAAUUCUACUUAUGUCUUAGCAUAACUCGAAAUGGUGCCAGCUCUGAGGAAAAGGUCUUCGAAAUUUGUUGUGAAAUUUUCUGGCUAAUGCUAAAAUUCAUGAGAGCCCCGUUUAAGAAAGAAAUCGAAGUCUUCUUGAAUGAGAUAUAUUUGGCACUCCUAGAAAGACGACAAGCGCCUGUUGUUCAAAAACUCCAUUUCAUGGGCAUCCUUCAUCGUUUCUGCGCCGAUCCUCGUGCGCUUGUUGAGACAUAUCUGAAUUACGAUUGCGAUAGGAAUGUUGAUAACAUGUUCCAGACCUUAAUUGAAGACCUGUCCAAAGCGGCGAGCGCUGCUGUUAUGGUUACCCCUCUUGCCCAACAGCAAUACGAAGAGAAGAAUAGUAAAAGCUCGGGUGGCGAUUGGCAAGCUCGAAACACACUUCCCCCGCCUCUAUCCACGGCACAUCUGAGUAGCCAUUCCGAAAGCGGGGAGUCUGAAAUUCCCAAAGAGUAUAUCGUGAAACGACAAGCGAUGGAUUGUCUUGUCGAGACGCUCAGAUCACUGGUAAACUGGUCACAGCAAGGAAUCGCUGAUGUGACUAAUGGUCCAGAAUGCGAUAUCAGAGGUUCUGCCGAUAUUCGAGAGUCCCUGGAACCUGGGAACGACAGUUCGUCGAGGAUUACUGGUGAAAAUACACCAAUGCCUUCAACACCUGUCAUGGAUGAUGACCCUGAACAUCUGGAAAAAGAGAAGCAGAGAAAGACUGCAAUGACAAAUGCCAUCAAGCAAUUUAACUUCAAACCAAAGAAAGGUAUCAAACUUUUACUCGCCGAUAAAUUCAUAGCGGAAGAUACGCCAGAAUGUAUUGCGCAGUUCUUACUACGAGAGGAUAGGUUGGACAAAUCGCAGAUCGGAGAGUUUUUAGGUGAGGGGGAUGAACGAAAUAUUGCGACUAUGCACGCAUUUGUGGACGCCAUGGACUUCACUAAACGUCGGUUCGUGGAUGCUCUACGACAAUUUUUGCAAUCCUUUCGACUCCCUGGUGAGGCCCAGAAGAUUGAUCGUUUUAUGUUAAAAUUUGCAAAUCGCUAUGUUGUUGGCAAUCCAAACGCAUUUGCCAAUGCAGAUACCGCUUAUGUUUUGGCUUACUCUGUCAUCAUGUUGAACACGGAUCAACACAGCAGUAAGGUUGCCAAGAGAAUGACCAAGGAAGAUUUCAUCAAGAACAAUCGUGGCAUUAACGAUAAUGCAAACUUACCUGAUGAGUAUCUUAUCGGCAUCUACGAAGAAAUACAGACGGAAGAGAUCGUACUUACUAGUGAGCGCGAAGCUGCCGCAGCCACGGGUAACGUUCCUCCACAGUCUGGCGGUGGUAUUGCGGCAGGUCUUGGGCAAGCUUUGGCUACAGUUGGACGUGACUUGCAGCGUGAAGCCUAUUUGCAACAAUCUGAGGAGAUCUCACAUAGAUCCGAACAAUUAUUCAAGAACCUUUUCCGAAACCAACGAAAGAAUGCAUCCAAAUCUGGAGACAAAUACAUCCCCGCCACUUCGUUCAAGCAUGUCGGCCCUAUGUUUGAGGUAACUUGGAUGUCGUUCUUUUCCGGGCUCUCUGGUCAGAUGCAAAACUCGCACAAUGUUGAGAUAAUUAAAUUGUGCAUUGAAGGCAUGAAAUUAGCAAUCCGUAUAGCGUGUCUCUUCGACCUAGAGACCCCGCGUGAAGCUUUUGUUUCCGCUCUUAAGAACUCGACUAAUCUCAAUAAUCCGAAGGAUAUGAUGGCCAAGAAUGUGGAGGCAUUGAAAGUUCUCCUUGAAAUAGCACAAACUGAAGGAAACCUCUUGAAAGGGUCAUGGCGAGAUAUCCUUAUGUGCAUCAGUCAAUUGGAUCGCUUACAGCUGAUAUCCGACGGAGUCGAUGAAGGAGCUAUUCCAGACGUUUCGAAAGCCCGAAUUGUCCCUCCAUCACGAUCAGAUACCAAUGCAUCAAGAAAGUCUACCGCUUCACAGCGACCUAAAGCUCGUCCUCGGACAAACACGCAAAGCACCAUCUAUUCAACGGAGAUUGCAAUGGAAAGUAGGUCCGACGAAGUUAUCAAGGGAGUGGAUAGGAUAUUCACAAGCACGGCCAAUCUUUCCGGUGAAGCCAUUGUACAUUUUGUCAGAGCUCUGACAGAGGUCAGUUGGGAUGAGAUUAAGAUAUCAGGCUCUAACGAGUCCCCACGGACAUAUAGUCUUCAAAAGCUUGUAGAAAUUAGUUACUACAAUAUGACUCGUGUCAGGUUCGAAUGGGCCAACAUUUGGGCUGUUUUAGGUGAGCACUUCAACCGAGUUGGGUGUCAUAACAAUACUGCUGUGGUAUUCUUUGCUUUGGAUUCUCUGCGUCAAUUAUCCAUGCGCUUUAUGGAAAUUGAAGAACUUCCUGGAUUCAAAUUCCAGAAAGACUUCUUAAAACCCUUCGAGCAUGUGAUGUCGAAUUCAAAUGUUGUUGCUGUGAAGGAUAUGGCUUUGCGCUGUCUCAUACAGAUGAUCCAAGCUCGUGGAGAGAACAUUCGCUCAGGAUGGAGAACAAUGUUCGGCGUGUUCACGGUCGCAGCUCGGGAGCCCUAUGAGAGCAUUGUCAACCUUGCCUUCGAAAACGUCAAUCAGGUGUACAAAACUCGGUUCGGUGUCGUCAUCUCCCAGGGGGCAUUUGCAGACUUGAUUGUCUGUUUGACUGAGUUUUCGAAAAAUAUGAAGUUUCAGAAGAAGGGUUUACAAGCCAUGGAAGUACUCAAAUCCAUUAUUCCCAAGAUGUUGAAGACACCGGAGUGCCCAUUAUCUCAUAAAUCCAAUGCAAAUUCGGAUGGUUCAGUGAAGACCACAGAGACCGCUACGAACCCUAUCAGUCGUACGACUCAGGAGGAAGCCUUUUGGUUUCCUGUUUUGUUUGCGUUUCAUGAUGUUCUUAUGACUGGAGAAGAUCUGGAAGUCCGCUCUAAUGCUCUAAACUAUCUUUUUGAAUCGUUAAUCAGAUAUGGAGGCGACUUUCCCUCUGAUUUUUGGGAUAUUCUGUGGCGACAACUCCUUUAUCCUAUCUUUAUGGUUCUCAAAUCGAAGUCUGAGAUGUCUAAUGUUGUCAAUCAUGAGGAAUUGUCUGUAUGGCUAUCGACUACGAUGAUUCAAGCUCUCCGAAACAUGAUCACCUUAUUUACUCAUUACUUUGAGUCGCUGGAGUACAUGCUGGAUAGAUUUCUUGAUCUACUUGCUUUAUGUAUAUGUCAAGAAAAUGAUACAAUCGCUCGAAUCGGCAGCAAUUGUUUACAGCAAUUGAUUUUGCAAAACGUGACAAAAUUCAAACCCCAACAUUGGUCGAAGAUAGUCGGAGCAUUUGUCGAGUUGUUUGAAAGAACCACUGCAUAUCAAUUAUUCUCCGCUGCAACAUCAUCUGCAGCAGGGGGGACUAUGGAGAGUACUGUGUCACCAAUGGAAGAUCUUGAAGAUGAUCAAACUCUAAAGAUCAAUGGUACAACUGGUGCUGCGACCUCGGAUGCAGAAAGUAUUGCCGAGCAAGAAGGUCAGACAACGGUAGCUCAGACUCCAGAAUUAGAAGACUACAAGCCACAAUCAGGUCUCCAACAACAGCCAGUGGUCGUCACGGCAGCUCGCCGCCGCUUCUUCAACAAAAUCAUUACUAGAUGUGUUUUGCAACUUUUGAUGAUCGAGACUGUCAAUGAGCUUUUCUCCAACGACACAGUCUAUGCGCAGAUUCCUAGCCCAGAACUUCUCAGACUCAUGGCUUUACUCAAAAAGUCUUUCUUAUUCGCCAAGAGAUUCAACGAAAACAAGGAACUUCGCAUGCGCUUAUGGCGUGAAGGCUUUAUGAAACAGCCACCCAAUUUAUUAAAGCAAGAAUCUGGGAGUGCAGCGACAUAUGUUUCCAUUUUGCUUAGAAUGUACCAUGAUGAAGGUGAAGAGCGAAAACAAAACAGAGCAGAUACAGAACAAGCAUUGGUACCAUUGUGCGCCGAUAUUAUCCGUGGUUUCACACUGCUUGAAGAAGAGAGUCAACAGAGGAACAUUAUUGCAUGGCGACCGGUGGUCGUUGAUGUUUUGGAAGGGUACAUGAACUUCCCACGAGAAGGGUUCGAGAAGUACGUCGAGGUAUUCUAUCCACUCGCAGUGGACUUGCUUUCUAGGGAUAUGGGAGUGGAAAUCAGAUUGGCGUUACAAGGACUUUUACGACGGGUUGGGGAGGUCAAAUUGGGUCUCCCACCUUCGGCGAGACCAUCUACGCCAACAAGUCCUACUUCAUUUCAAUUUGGGGGCGGAAGGCGGAUGAGCCGUAGGGAUUGA